CACGCCACAUAUUUGAAAUUUGCACUCUUCGCGGCUAACACACCACACCAACAUCGGAGUUUUCCCGUUUCUUUCUUGCCAUUUGCAUUGCCCGACCCGUCCUAUCUCAGUAUAGGAUCACAAGUCCGUGCGUCUCUUCCGAGCGAUGACGAGCAUCUUGCUCGGCGACCGCGUCCGCUAUGAGGUCUCUCUCGACUUGCCCGCUGUGCGCAAGUUCGCCAAGCAAUGGCACUUGGCCUUCGCGACCAUAUAUUGCUCCCGAGCCAUCACCACCUCCGCAAAGAAAACCAGGAAGUUCCCACGAAAAUAUCCUUCCUACACUUCGAUUUCGAUCCACGAUCGGGAUCAGAGCGCUGGCCCUGAUCGUCCCGGCUCCUUCGAGAUUUUUCAGUCACAGCUUACGAAGCUGGUCAAGGACAAGGACCUCGGCCACCUCCGGGAAUUCGGCGAGGUCAAGAAAGUCGCCUCAGCACUCGAAACUGAUGUCUCGGCCGGAAUAAGCGGCGACCCAGACGACGUCUCUCGGAGGCAAGAAGCGUUUGGCGUCAACUCAUACAAGAAGGCACCGGCCAAGGGCUUCUUCCACUUCGUGUUCGAGGCUUUCAAGGACCUCACAAUCAUGAUUCUGCUUGUUUGCGCUGGGCUCUCGCUCGGGUUUGGGAUUAAGGAGAACGGGGUCAAGGAAGGCUGGUAUGACGGUGGCAGCAUAUUCGUUGCGGUGUUCCUUGUGAUCGCCGUGUCGGCCGUGAGCAAUUACCGCCAGAACCGGCAGUUUGAAAAAUUGUCUCAGGUGAGCGAUAAUAUUCUCAUUGAUGUCAUAAGGAAGGGUCGGCGGCAGCAGGUUUCCAUAUUCGAGAUCGUUGUCGGAGAUGUCGUUUGUUUGAAGAUCGGCGAUCAAGUUCCGGCAGACGGGCUGUUCCUGGACGGGCAUUCCUUGCAGGUUGAUGAAUCGAGCAUGACCGGGGAGAGUGAUCACGUAGAAGUGAACAGCAAUCAGAAUCCAUUCCUGUUCUCCGGAACAAAGGUUGCUGAUGGGUAUGCUCAGAUGCUGGUUACAUCCGUCGGCAUGAACACGACAUGGGGCGAGAUGAUGAGCUCAAUCAGCCGCGACAACAGCGAACAGACCCCUUUACAGGCUCGGCUCAACAAGCUCACCUCGUCGAUUGGCAAAGUAGGCUUGGCGGUCGCCUUCCUGGUUCUCGUGGUCCUGCUGAUUCGCUAUUUCACAGGAAACACACAGGACGAGAACGGUAACCGGGAAUUCAUUGCAGGCCAAACCACAGGUGACAAUAUCAUAAACUCUAUCGUGGGCAUCAUCGCAGCUGCAGUGACAAUCGUGGUCGUCGCGAUUCCUGAAGGCUUACCACUCGCGGUAACCCUCACGCUUGCAUAUUCGAUGAAGAAGAUGAUGGUGGAUCAGGCCAUGGUGAGGCAGCUUUCGGCCUGCGAGACGAUGGGGUCGGCCACCACUAUUUGCACUGACAAGACCGGUACUCUGACAAUGAACCAGAUGAAGGUGACGAAAUUCUGGGUCGGCCAAGACUCUGUGGCAGAAAACGGGUACUCCUCUGUCUCCAAGUUUGUCCUGGACUUGAUUCGGGAUGCGGUUGCUUUGAACACCACGGGCAGUGUCUAUAGGCCAUCUUCGGGAUCAGAGUACGAGUUCUCCGGUAGUCCCACCGAGAAAGCGAUUCUUUCCUGGGCGGUUUCGCAAUUGACCAUGGACAUGGAGGAGACAAAGAAGAGCUGUGAAGUCAUCCAAGUCGAAGCCUUCAACUCGCAGAAGAAGAGAAGCGGUGUGCUAAUGAGGAAGAGCGUGGACGACACAUUCCAUGUGCACUGGAAAGGAGCGGCAGAGAUGGUCUUGGCGAUGUGCUCGAGCUUCUAUGACGGGUCGGGGAUAGCGAAAGAUUUGGAGGAAGAGGAAAGGAUGAGAUUUGAGCAGAUUAUCCAGGGGAUGGCGGCGAGCAGCCUUAGGUGCAUCGCUUUCGCUCAUAAACAAGUCUCCGAGGAAGCAAUCAAAGAAAGAGAAGACGGGAAGAAGAUCCAAGAGGACAGCCUGACAUUACUAGGACUUGUCGGUAUUAAGGACCCAUGCCGUCCCGGCGUGAAGAGUGCGGUCCAAGCUUGUCAAGAUGCGGGAGUGAGCAUCAAGAUGAUAACGGGAGACAACAUCUUCACUGCUAAGGCCAUAGCCGCGGAGUGUGGGAUUCUUAAGCCCGAGGAUGAUGCCUUCGGCGGAGCCAUCGUGGAAGGAGUGGAGUUCCGCAGCUACACACCUGAGGAGAGGCUUCGGAGAGUCGAGAAAAUCCGUGUCAUGGCGAGAUCCUCGCCUUUCGAUAAGCUCCUGAUGGUUCAGUGCCUGAAGCAGAAAGGCCAUGUGGUUGCCGUCACAGGGGAUGGGACCAAUGAUGCACCAGCCCUCAAGGAAGCAGACAUAGGGCUUUCGAUGGGCAUCCAAGGCACCGAGGUUGCCAAAGAGAGCUCAGACAUCGUAAUCCUUGACGACAACUUUGCCUCCGUGGCGACGGUGUUGCGGUGGGGGCGAUGCGUCUACAAUAACAUCCAAAAGUUCAUCCAGUUCCAGCUCACGGUGAACGUCGCGGCCCUCGUGAUCAACUUUGUGGCCGCGGUCUCCUCCGGCGACGUCCCCUUGACGGCCGUCCAGCUCUUGUGGGUGAACCUGAUCAUGGACACACUCGGCGCCCUCGCCCUUGCCACAGAGCGGCCCACCCGGGAGCUCAUGGAGAAGCGCCCCGUGGGUCGGACCGAGCCGCUCAUAACCAAUGUCAUGUGGAGGAACCUUCUAGCACAAGCAACAUACCAAAUAGCCGUCCUCCUCACUCUACAGUUCAAGGGUGAAUCGAUCUUCGGCGUGGACGAGGCAGUGAAGCGGACGCUGAUAUUCAACGCGUUUGUCCUGUGCCAGGUCUUCAACGAGUUCAACGCGAGGAAGCUCGAGAAGAAGAACGUGUUCGAGGGCAUUCACAAGAACAAGCUGUUCCUCGGGAUCAUCUUCAUCACGGUGGUCCUCCAGGUGGUGAUGGUCGAGUUCCUGAAGCGGUUCGCCGACACGGAGCGGUUGAGCUGGGGACAAUGGGGUGCGUGUGUCGGGAUCGCAGCUGCAUCUUGGCCUAUUGGUUGGGUCGUCAAGUGCAUUCCAGUCCCUGAUACACCAAUCUUCACCUACUUGGGAUUGAAAAGCAAGAAGCUCCGGAGGAAACUUGUGCACAGAGAACAACAGUAGCAACACUAACUGGGUUUAGCUCGAUUCUUUUCAUUGUACAUGUAUAUUGGAUUCGUUGUUGAUGCAGCAUGAUUUUUUUUACUUUUCCCUAGAAGAAUAAGGAACGUGUAAUCCAUCGAUCUUUUGGCACCUAAUAUUCUUUUCAUUUUUGUA